CUAGAAUUGUUACCAAACCAAUAAUGGAUUGAUUUCGGAGCACUCCAUGCCAUCCACGUGGAUCGAAAUUCCAGGCAAUCGAUCUAAUGCGUAGAUCCCGGUGUUUCGUUCAGUGAAUCCACGGUCUCAGUUCAUCCUCUGCAUCAAAAUUUUGGAAGAACUUGACUGCGUUUACGAGGAAGUGGGGAAAAGAGGAGCAAGUUGCAAGAGAGAACAGCCCGGAUAAGAAAGCAUGAAAAUAGCUGUGCCGACGCCAGCUAAGGGGGAAAAAACAUUCUUAUCUUCAACUCUAAGGCCGGUUUUAUUUAUUACAGAAAAGAAAAUUGCGAUUCUCAAUUUCUUUUUUAUUGGCUUUAGUUACAACAACCAAUCAUAGUCCAGCUGAUUGUAUUAUUUUGAUCAUUAUUAAUCAUUUUAUCAGCAAAAUGAGAAUUUGGGUUGUUAUAUAAGCGGCUUGUGGUGGGCAAAAAUGGUUGCUUUUUUCAGAAACGAACCAGUACUGCUCCUUGUGAAGGGAAAGAAACAGGGGAGAAGGAAGAAAGAGGAGUUUCUCGCUCUAGUUUCCCUGUCUGAUUCGAGCUAUUCUCAGAAGUUCAGAUCCAGGAAGUGAAGAAGAAGAAAGACGAAGAAGAUGAUGGAACUAUUCAUGCUAGGUUGCACUGGAGUAGUUGUGUUCCUUCACGGAGCUAAUUUCUUCUUCCACGCUCUGUCCCACCAUCUCGCCAUCCGCUCUAUCAGGUAAACCCCCUCCCCACUUCUUCUUUCGAUUUCUUUCCUUCCCGGUUCAAAAUUCGUCGAAUUCAGAGACGGUUUCUGGGUUCUAAUCCCAAUUUCGAAGAAAUCGGAAAUGAAGAUCGAAUCUUUGCGCUCGAUCUCUGUAUCCCGAUUCCAACGUUUGCAAGAAUUAGUGAAAACAGAGAUGGCUGAUCUUGACUUCGGCAACUGGGUAAUAAUUAAUGCUCUGUUCUGUUCGUUUUUUCUGUAACAGUUUCUUGGGGUUCAUCGCGUGGUAACUAGGAAUCGAUCUAAUUGGAGUCUACUCUCUGUAUGGAAAGAAGGGAUGAAGAUUUGAUGAGAGAUUUUGAGAUCCCCUGUUUUCGUAUAUACAGAGUUCAUCAACUGCUGAAGCUAGCAGCAGGUUUUAGUGUAGUAGAGAGAGUUGCUAAUUUGUACUUUGUGCAAAAGGGCUUAUCCGCAGUAAUAAGACGACGAAGUUAUGGCACAAUGAGAAUGCUACUUCUACAUGAUUUCUUCUAAAUUAAACCAGUUAGCGAGAUGAUAUUUGGUGACAUAUCCAUCAUUCAGAGCAUUUUGGUGGUUGUCUGGUUCUUAAGUUCUUGAUAAGAUGAAUGAUUGGAUGAAGAUGAGAAUGUUAUUUUUUAAUAUUAAAAUGAUAGAAGAUAACAAUAUAAAUCUGAGUUCAUGAAGCCGACCAUUCAAUCAUCCAUAGAAACCAAGAAAGGAGUUCAGGAAUUGGACAACUACUGCGGUCCAGUUUUCUAUUCAAUGAUUCACCAAAUUCAUUGUCUCUUUGUGUUUAACUUCUGGCCAAGUGCAUAGUAGGACUUCAGUAAUAUGCUCUCAACGUCUUUCUAAUCAAUGAGACGAAAGAGAAGUUAGUAAAUGAUCUUGAUCAAUCAAAUGUAUAAGCUAAAUGAAUGGAUGCACAUUAGUAAGUUUGAAACUCAAGCACCAAGUCCCAAUUUAUCUUUUAAAGACAACGGACAAGUCUUUACGAAUUCGUCAACGGUUAUUUAUCUUUGUUUCGUCCAGAUUAAUUGUAAAGUUUCGGUCAUUACUGUUUUUGCAAUGUUUGAUGUGAUAAUGUCUGUUGAAAAUGGAGCAACCGAAUAGUUACGAAUCUCAUCUAGUUUUAAUAAUGCAUUCUAUAUAAUUGUUCAACAUUGCCAAUAACAACUAAUGUCUUUCGGUAGAGCACUUCUACUAUGCUAUAUAGCAUUGGUGCUUUAAUGUACAAGUCAAAGUUGUACCAUAACAUAAAAUGUAUAAGUUUAGGUUGUACCAUAAAACAAUUUGUACCAUUAUGUUAUGGUACAACUUUACAACUUGAAGUUGUACUAUCACAUAAAGGGACAAGUUCAAGUUGUACCAUAAAAGAAUUUGUACAAUAAGAAGUUGUACCAUAACGUAAAUGUACAAUUUUAAAUUGUAUCAUAAAGACAAAAACCUAUAACACCAAUACUAUAUACCAUUAUAAAAUUUCUCCUUUUCCUAUUAAUUACAAAGCGAGCUUGCAAUAUGAUUUCAUUGGAGUCUGAAACAAGAAAAGAAAUGGGCCUACAACUUUUGGGCUUUUGCAUCGAACAGACUUGUAGGGAAAGUUGGGCCAAUUUUGGACAGCAAUAAAAAAAAGCCCAAUAAUGGUCGUUGAGAAUCGUCAUGGAGGUUGGCGAAGUAUAAAAUUCAGAAUCCAAUUUUCCGCAGCCAAGAUGGACGAUGAACUUCUGCCUCCUCCGUUUCCUCCGACGGAAAUCACUUAACCGGCGUUCUUCCCGUGCUUCUAAUCCCUUUAAUGACACUAUUCCCUUCCUCUCCUUCCUCAAAGUUCUAAACUUUUCGCAGACAGCCACUGCGAUCAGCCAUUACCCUCAGCAAUUCACAUCUUUCCCAACAAGUUCCAAUUGGAACCCUGCUGGACUCUCUCUCUCGUCCAUCUCCGACCGCUGCUCCCGCCUUCUCUCGCUAUGCACUGCUUCAAAAUCCUUGGCCCCAGCCAUGGAAGUGCACACCCAUUUGAUCACACUCGGCCUCCAUCAAGACGCAAGGCUAAGAAACCUCGUGGUUAAUGUCUACUCGAAGUGCAGGUGCUUCGGCUACGCACGCAAGCUGCUCGACGAAAGUCCUGAACCAGACUUGAUAUCCUGGUCCGCCUUGAUUUCGGGGUAUUCGCAGAAUGGGUUCGGUCAGGAGGCGAUCUCGGCUUUCCGCGAGAUGCAUUCGCUGGGGGUUAAGUGUAACGAAUUCGCUUUCCCCAGUGUGUUCAAGGCUUGUACUCUCGCCAGUGAUUUCAGGCUAGGGAGGCAGGUCCAUGGGACAGUGGUCGUCACAGGGUUCGAGAACGACGAGUUUGUUUUGAACAGUAUGGUCGUUCUGUAUGCAAAAUGUGGGGAGAUUGCGGACUCGACGAGGAUCUUUGAUGCAAUCCCACGCAGGACUGUUGUCUCCUGGAAUGCUUUGCUGAACUGCUACGUGCAGCGUGAUUCGUUUGGGGAGGCGGUGGAGUUGUUUCAGGACAUGAUUGUGAGCCAAACACAGCCUAACGAGUUCACAUUGUCGACUAUGAUAAACGCCUGCACUGGCUUGGAGGAUGGUAGGCAGGGAAGGAAAAUUCACGGGUACUUGAUAAAGCUUGGUUAUGACUUGGAUUUAUUCUCUGCAAAUGCUCUGGUUGACAUGUAUGCAAAAGUAGGAACUCUAAAAGAUUCUGUCAGUGUCUUCAAUGGAAUAGCAAAAGCUGACAUUGUUUCAUGGAAUGCUGUUAUUGCUGGUUGUGUGCUUCUUGAGUCGCACGAUUGUGCGUUGGAGUUGUUCAGGGAGAUGAACAAAGAGUCUGGUGUCUCACCAAAUACAUUUACUUUGUCUAGCGCUCUCAAAGCUUGCGCUGGAGCUGGAAAUAGAGAACCGGGAAGACAAUUGCACGCUUACUUGAUGAGGAGGGAUUUGGGACUAGAUACAUUUUUGGGGGUUGGGCUAGUGGAUUUAUAUGCAAAGAGUGGCUACAUGGUUGAUGCAAGGUUAGUUUUUAACGUAAUUCCUGAAAAAGACUUGAUUGCUUGGAAUGCUGUUAUCUCUGGACAUUCACAUAAUGGAGAAGAUGUUGAAGCUGUUUCUCUUUUCCCUCUGAUGUACGGGGAAGGAGUAGGAGUCAACCAGACAACUCUAUCAACAGUUCUCAAAUCCAUAGCUAGCUUGCAGGCUAGCCACAUUUGCAGGCAAAUGCAUGCACUUUCUCUGAAAUCAGGCUUUGAAUAUAAUAAUUAUAUAGUAAACGGCCUCGUUGAUGCUUAUGGAAAAUGUGGACAGUCAGAAGAUGCAUCAAGGGUAUUUAAGGAAAGUCAAACUUCAGAUUUGUUGGUUUUCACUUCUAUGAUAACCGUUUAUUCUCAAGAUGGGCAAGGUGAAGAAGCUCUUAAGCUAUAUUUGGAAAUGCAGAGUCAAGGUAUCAAGCCAGAUGCAUUUGUUUACAGCUCUCUCUUCAACGCCUGUGCUAGUUUGUCUGCGUAUGAACAAGCAAAACAAGUUCACGUCCAAGUACUGAAGCUAGGGUUCAUAAACGAUAUCUUUGCUGGGAAUUCUCUUGUCAAUAGUUAUGCCAAAUGUGGGAGCAUAGAUGACGCAGAACGUGCCUUCCGUGAAAUACCAGAAAGAAGUAUAGUCUCAUGGUCUGCAAUGAUAGGAGGAAUGGCUCAACAUGGGCACGGGAGACUGGCCCUCCAAAUGUUCAAUGAAAUGCUGAAAGAGGGUGUUGCUCCUAAUCACAUAACUCUAGUAAGUGUCCUUUGUGCUUGCAACCAUGCAGGCUUGGUAACUGAUGCCAAGAGAUAUUUCUCAUCAAUGGAGGAGCUAUUUUCUGUUCAACCUAUGGAAGAGCACUAUGCAUGUAUGAUCGAUAUUCUCGGCCGAGCUGGGAAGCUUGAUGAGGCAAUGGAGCUUGUAAACACAAUGCCUUACGAAGCUAAUGCUGCAGUAUGGGGUGCACUUCUUGGUGCUGCUAGGAUACAUAAGAAUGUCGACCUCGGGAGUAAAGCUGCUGAAAUGCUUAUCAAUCUGGAACCAGAAAAAUCGGGUACCCACAUUCUUCUUGCAAAUAUUUAUGCAUCAGCUGGGAUGUGGGAUGGGGUAGCAAAGAUAAGGAAAGUUAUGAAAGACAGUAACGUGAAGAAGGAGCCUGGAAUGAGUUGGAUGGAGAUAAAGGACAAAGUCCACACCUUUAUAGUUGGUGAUAGAAGCCAUCCUAGAGGCAAAGAAAUAUAUGCUAAGCUCGAGGAGCUCAGUGAGCCUUUGAGAAAAGCAGGCUAUGUUCCCAUGGUGGAAACUGAUCUUCAUGAUGUUGAAGAAAGGGAAAAGGCUAAGCUGUUGUACCACCACAGCGAGAAACUUGCAGUGGCUUUUGGACUGAUUGCUACCCCUCCUGGAGCUCCCAUUAGGGUGAAGAAGAACUUACGGAUUUGCUUGGACUGCCAUACUGCAAUCAAGUUGGUUUCGAAGAUUGCUUCGAGGGAAAUCAUCGUCAGAGAUAUCAACAGGUUCCAUCACUUCAGAGAUGGUUUGUGUUCUUGUGGAGAUUACUGGUAAAAGGUUGCUCUCUGCAUUUUCUGCUAUGUAUAAUACUGUUGUAGCACAUGUAACAACUAACAAAUGUAGUCUUUUACAAUUAGAAACCAAAAAAAUUAACUCUACAUAGAUUC